AUGACUGUCAGAGCAAGCACCAGAAGAUGGAGCCGGGAGUUUAUACCUCGUACAGAAAUAAGAUCGGGUUCAAGCUCCCGGGAGAGGUCUCAGUCCAGAGAAAGACCCCGACAGAGAUUAUUAGAAAAUUCUACAGAUUUAGUCAGAAUGAAGAAUUCCAGGAUGCUGGGAAGCUCCCGGACGCUCUACUCCAGCAUGUCUAGAAGUAUUGAGUUGUCUCUGGAUGAAUUAGAUGCCGUCAAAUUUAUUCAAGAGAGCUUUAAGAAGCGGGAAUGUGUGGCAUAUAUCAAGGAUACAAAAUCACAGGAUAGUUUAUGCAAGUGUGGCUACACCAAGAUGCAGCAUAUUGAAGGAACUCAGGUCAACACAAGUGAUAAAUGGAAUUACAAAAAGCAUACAAAAGAGCUCCCCACUGAUGCAUAUGGAGAUAUUCAGUUUGAUGCAUUUGGAAGAAAAGGGAAGUACAUUCGCUUGUCCCGAGACACAACCCCAGAGACACUGUAUGAGCUCAUGACCAAAUACUGGCAGCUUAAAACUCCAAACCUCAUCAUCUCUGUGACUGGAGGUGCUAAAAACUUUUCCCUCAAGCCACGGAUGCGCAAGAUCUUCAGUCGUCUUAUUUACAUUGCACAAUCCAAAGGUGCCUGGAUCUUCUCAGGAGGCACUCACUAUGGUCUUAUGAAGUACAUUGGAGAGGUGGUCAGAGAUAAUACCAUCAGCCGGAGCUCAGAAGAGAAAGUGGCUGCCAUUGGCAUUGCCUCCUGGGGUAUGAUCUCCAAUCGUGAUACACUGAUCCGGGCUUCGCCAACUGAGGGAAAUUAUGUGGCUCAUUACGUCAUGGACGAACAGAAGCGUGACCCUCUCUACUGUCUUGACAACAACCACACCCAUUUAAUACUGGUGGACAAUGGGUCUAGUGGCCACCCAACAACAGAAGCCGAUCUCCGAGGGUCACUGGAGAAAUACAUCUCAGAACUCAAUGUUCCAGAUUCCAAUUAUGGUGGAAAAAUUCCAAUUGUAUGCUUUGCUCAGGGAGGUGGGAAGGAGACAUUAAAGGCUAUCAACACUGCCAUUAGGAGUAAGAUUCCAUGCGUCGUAGUGGAGGGAUCGGGCCAGACAGCCGAUGUGAUCGCCAGCCUUGUGGAUGCUGAGGGCACUUCUCUUGCUUCUUCGGCCAUUAAGGAAAAGCUUGUUCGAUACAUGCCCCGCACUAUUUCUAGAUUGGCAGAAGAUGAGAUGGAGACCUGGAUACGAUGGAUAAAAGAAAUAAUGGAGCACUUGCAUCUUUUGACUAUAAUAAAGAUGGAGCAAGCUGGAGAUGAGAUUGUCAGUAAUGCCAUCUGUUUUGCUCUUUAUAAAGCUUUUAGCACCAAUGAGCAGGAUAAGGAUAACUGGAAUGCUCAGCUGAAACUUCUUCUGGAAUGGAAUCAGCUGGAUUUGGCCAGCGAGGAGAUCUUCACUAAUGACCGGAGAUGGGAGUCAGCUGACUUGGAAGAUGCAAUGUUUGCAGCACUGGUAAAGGAUAGGCCAAGAUUUGUGCGUCUUCUCCUAGAGAAUGGUUUGAAUCUACGCAAAUUUCUUACCAGUGAAAUCCUUGGUGAACUUUUUACUCAACAUUUUAGUACCCUAGUAUUUCGUAACUUGCAGAUUGCCAAAAAUUCUUACAAUGACUCUUUACUCACCUUUAUCUGGAAGAUGGUUUUGAGUUACCAACAGAAUCGUAAGGAGGAAAGGAAUAGCUGCGAUGAAUCAGAAAUUCAGGAUAUGUCUCCCAUAAUAAAACAUCCGAUCCAGGUUCUAUUUAUAUGGGCUAUAUUGCAGAACAAAAGAGAGCUAUCUAAAGUCAUAUGGGAGCAGACAAGGGGAUGCACUCUGGCUGCAUUGGGAGCAAGCAAACUACUGAAAAGCUUGGCCAAAGUAAAAAAUGAUAUCAAUGCUGCUGGGGAAUCAGAGGAGAUUGCGAAUGAGUAUGAAACCAGAGCCGUGGAACUGUUCACAGAGUGUUACAGUAAUGAUGAGGAAUUGGCAGAGUGUCUGCUCGUUUAUUCCUGUGAAGCCUGGGGUAAGAGUAGCUGUCUUGAGAUGGCAGUGGAAGCAAAAGACCAGCAAUUCAUAGCACAGCCGGGGGUACAGAAUUUUCUCUCCAAGCAAUGGUAUGGAGAAAUAUCCAGAGAUACUAAGAACUGGAAGAUCCUUUUGUCCCUUAUCUUCUUUCCUCUCAUCUGCUGUGGAUUCAUAUCAUUCAGGAAAAAACCACAAGAUGACAAAAGAUCUAUUGUGUUAAAGUACUUUGACUUUUUCACGUCUCCUUUUGUGGUCUUCUCCUGGACGGUCAUCUUCUAUAUUGGAUUCCUGCUGCUGUUUGCAUACGUCCUGCUGAUGGAUUUCCAACGAUCCCCUAAUGCUCUUGAGAUUGCAGUCUAUGUGCUGGUUUUUAUCUUGUUUUGUGAUGAGAUCAGACAGAUGUACAUGAGUGGGGUGAAGUAUUUUACUGACCUGUGGAACAUUAUGGAUAUCCUGGCCAUCUUGUAUUUUAUUGCUGGGAUUGUGUUCAGAAUGCAAAGCAAUAGCCCCAGCUCUCUUUAUACUGGAAGGGUCAUUUUUUGCCUGGAUUAUAUUAUUUUCACUGUCCGCCUCAUCCACAUCUUCACUGUCAGUCGAAACCUUGGACCAAAGAUUAUUAUGCUUCAAAGAAUGCUUAUCGACGUGUUCUUUUUCCUCUUCCUUUUUGCUGUUUGGGUGAUUGCAUUUGGGGUUGCUCGGCAAGGAAUCUUGAGAUUGAAUGAGCAUCGCUGGGAAUGGAUUUUCCGUUCUGUUAUUUAUGAGCCAUACCUCGCUGUGUUUGGACAGUACAUUGCGGAUGUAGAUGGCACCACUAUUGAUUUUGAUCACUGCACGAUUAAUGGGAAUGAAUCUAAACCUCUGUGUGUAGAACUGGACAGUGAAAACCAUCCAAGAUUUCCAGAGUGGAUCACAAUUCCUCUAGUCUGUAUCUACAUGCUGUCUACCAAUAUCUUACUUGUUAAUCUGCUCAUUGCUAUGUUUGGGUACACAGUGGGAUCAGUUCAAGAAAACAAUGACCAAGUCUGGAAGUUCCAGCGAUAUUUCCUGAUUCAGGAAUAUUGUAACAGAUUGACCAUUCCCUUUCCCUUUGUGAUCUUUGCUUAUUUCUUCAUGGUACUGAAGAAGAUGUUCAGUUGUUGUUGCAAAAAACAAGAAGCGGACCCUGCACCUUGCUGCCAUAAGAAGGAUGAUAUUGAGACAUUGGCUUGGGAGGCUGUGAUGAAGGAGAAUUAUUUGGUGAAACUGAUCAGCCAGACACACAACAAAAUGGAGACGGAGAACAGAUUUAAACAAUUGGAAAUAAAGUUAAACGACUUGAAAGCAUUAAUGAAAGAACUUAGAAACAAGAUAAAGUGAUAUUGUGUACGUGGGAAUAGAAUAUGGUAACAGCUUCUUCAGAACAUAUGAGCAGCGUAUUUUUACAGUGUGACACCAUCUUUGGAUGUUCUUACUGCAUUUCCUGAAUUGCCUGAAUACUUAGAAAUACCAAGCUAUA